AUGUUGUUGUCCUUAUUGAGUAAGCGCUCAUUAGAGGUUGAUUCCAGGGAUUCUUAUGGAUUUGCAUUGAGGCCUCAAUACGCACAAAGAUACAGAGAGUAUUCUUCAAUCUACAAGGAGGAGGAAGGUGAAAGAUCAUAUAAAUGGAGAAGCUUCCUUGGAGAGGCACCCAACUCAGCAAAACUAAGUUCUCCUGAGAACAAACACAAAGAAACAUCGGAAGUUGAAUGUAAUGAGGUAAAAGAAGAGAGUAGUUCAAAUAAAGUAUGCAAAGAAGAUGAUUUAAGUAGUAAGAAUAUUUCUGAAGGCACUAAAGAGGUUGGUGUAGGGGGUGUUAGUGAAGGAGGUGACUUAAGUGGCAAUAAGUCUUCUGGAGUUAAUGAGAUAAAAGAAGGCACUAGUGCAGGAAGGGUUUGUGAAGGGGGUAAUUCAAGUGGCAGAAAGGUUGUUUUUGAUAGCUCAAUAGAAAACAGUUCAGAAAAGGAUUUGCACUAUUCAGAAGAAAGAAAGACACGUAAAGUUCAACGCUGGGCUGAAAUUAGGCCAUCUCUUAGUGCCAUUGAAAAAUUGAUGAGUUCUCGUUUCAAAAAGGGAAAUGAUGUGAAAGGCGAGAUAAGAAAUGGUAAUAAUGACCAUCUUCCAUAUAUAGAAAAAUCUAAACUUGGAGGAGGGGUUUCUGCAACGGAUGUUAAUAAGUCAAGUGCUGCGUUAGUGGUUGAAGAUUCACUUCAACAAUUCUCUCUAUGGAAAGAACUGGAGUUUCUUGUUCAGGGAGGCAUCCCAAAGGAUCUUAGAGGAGAGGUUUGGCAAGCCUUUGUAGGUGUAAAGACAAGGCGGGUUAAGAGCUAUUAUGAGGAUCUGUUAGCAAAAGAAACUAUCAAUGCUGAAAGCAAUGAGCAAAAUGAUACAUCUACUGCAUCUGGGAAGUGGAGAAAGCAGAUUGAGAAGGACAUUACAAGAACUUUCCCAGGACACCCUGCUUUGGAUGAACAUGGUAGAAAUUCCUUGAGGCGUUUACUCCUAGCAUAUGCUAGACAUAACCCCUCUGUGGGGUAUUGUCAGGCAAUGAACUUCUUUGCAGGUUUAUUGCUGCUUCUUAUGCCGGAAGAAAAUGCCUUUUGGACUUUUGUUGGCAUCAUUGAUGAUUAUUUUGGAGGUUGUUAUACAGAGGAAAUGAUAGAAUCCCAGGUGGACCAGCUUGUCUUUGAAGAAUUAAUGCGUGAAAGAUUUCCAAAACUGGUUAAUCAUCUGGAAUACUUGGGAGUGCAAGUUACAUGGAUAUCUGGACCUUGGUUCCUAUCAAUAUUUGUGAACAUGAUUCCAUGGGAAAGCGUACUUCGAGUUUGGGAUGUGCUUCUAUUUGAAGGGAACCGUGUUAUGCUAUUUCGAACUGCACUGGCCCUUAUGGAACUAUAUGGUCCUGCAUUAGUCACUACAAAGGAUGCAGGUGAUGCGAUUACUCUAUUGCAAUCACUUGCUGGUUCAACAUUUGACAGCAGUCAACUUGUCUUAACAGCUUGCAUGGGUUUUCUAGCUGUGACAGAGGAAAAAUUACAUGAACUAAGAGAAAAGCAUAGACCAUCUGUAUUAGAAGUAGUAGAAGAAAGGGCAAGGAAAGGAAGACUUUGGAAGGAUUCCAAAGGGAUUGCUUCUAAACUAUAUAGUUUCAAGCAUGACCAAGAACCGUUAGUAGAAGAAAAGAAGGUUAGUAAAGGAGAUGAUAUGGCCGCUAAUGAGGAAAUACCACGAAUAGAGUCUCAUUCCUCUGAUUUGGAUGAACUACUUCACAGUCUUAAUGUUGAUUCUGAAGUGGAUUCUCUACCGGAUCUCCAGGAACAGGUGGUUUGGUUGAAGGUUGAGUUAUGCCGAUUGCUGGAGGAGAAAAGAAAUGCAAUACUGAGAGCUGAGGAGCUAGAAACAGCUUUAAUGGAUAUGGUAAAGCAGGAUAAUCGACUGCAAUUGAGUGCAAGGAUUGAGGAAUUGGAGCAGGAAGUAGCCGAGUUACAACAAGUCCUUGCAGAUAAGAAAGAACAGGAAGUUGCCAUGAUGCAGGUCUUAGUGAAGCUAGAGCAUGAUCAGAAAGAUACUGAAGAUGCUCGUAAAAGAGCAGAACAAGAACUUGCAGCUCAAAAAUUAGAAGUUCAUAUCCUUCAGGAAAAGUAUGAGAAAGCCAUGAUAUCAAUUGCUGAGUUGCAAAAACGGGUGAUUGUUGCAGAAAGUAUGUUGGAGGCUACCCUUCAAUAUGAAUCUGGCCAAAACAAAGCACUUUCUUCACCAAGAAAGAUAAGAAAGAAGAAUCCACUUGUAUCACCAUCCAUUCAAAUCCGAGCCUUUCCUUCCGAAAUUUUUUAUUACCCAUUAAACUUGACUUCUGUUUUAUUUGCAGAGGCAAUGAAGAAUAAUGAUUCCAUGAAAGCUUUUAAGAGGGCGCAGAAGGCGACUGCUGCCAGGAAUAUUGCCGCCAAGGCGGCUGGGGAGGGGUCCUCCCAAGUGCCCGAGAAGCCAUCAAUGCCGAGUUCCCCCAUAGUGAAGAAAGCGAUUCCGACACCUCGGGUCCGCUUGGUGGACCCUCCUGCUUCUGCCGUUCCAUCUGCUGCCCCUCCAAGUAAGAAGCAAAAGACGGUUGAGCCCUUCGACCUUAAUGCCCCUGACUUCAAUGCCAUCGAGUUCAUAGAUCAACAAAUUGGGCCCUAUGGUACCCUUUCGAUGGAAGAUGUGUCCAUCCUUCAUCAUUUGGAAUUUAUGGCCCGGAAUCACGUGCAGAUAGCUUUUAUGGCGGUCGCUAUACAUCGGACUGCUCAAAGUCUCCCUCUUCAUGCCACCAAGGCAUUUAUGGAGGAGGUGAUGCGUCUGAGGGGGGAGUUGGACAGCGUUCGGGAAGAUUAUUCUGAGCUCCAGGGUCAUCUUGUCGGCAGCGUGACUGCUGCUUACGAGAACUUGAAGGAGCAAGUUCGGGUCAUUGCACCCGAGGCCGAUCUCUCCCUUUUCAGUUUAGACAAUGUUGUCAGAGAUGUGUCGACUACCGUUGCUCCUCCGGUUGCACCUGAUUCGGAUUGCCAAGUUCUGAACCGGGAGGAUGGAACUAUAGAUGCCGUGCCUAUUCAGACUCGUCCUCCUUCUCCUUGUCCUGAUACUGCCAAGGAUGCUCCUGAUGUUUGCUGA